AUGGUUUCCACUCGUCGUAAUCCGGUUUCUGAUGGUGCAAGUCAUUCAACUGGUGUACUGACUCAGUCAAAAUCCAAUGCGAAGACGAAGAGGUCAAAAUCAAAGAAGAAGACGAAAACGAAGAAUGGUGAUGGUCAGAACGUUACUGAAGGUGAUGAUCAAAACAUCAUCCCAGAUCGCCAAACUGAAGAAGAAGACCAGGGUCAAACAAUCACUCAAAACAAAUCCUCUCAACCCAGCAUCUUCCGAUCUCGCUUUCCUGGACUAGAGAUGGAAACCUUCGAGGACCAUCUGGAUGAUUGGACUCUUGUUGAACUUCGACAACAUAUUGCUAAACAAGGAUCAAAGUCAAGUAGACCUCAUCAGGAGAUUAGGACUUUGGUGAAGAGUAUUUGCUUGGAAUACGAGAAGAGAAUGCUGAUGGCAGCCUUGAUGGGUGGAGUGCCAGAAAUUGUGAUCUGGAAUCUUGUUGUGCUUAAACGCCCGUAUACAUGUCAACCUAUAGGGGAGAAGGAGCGAGGAAGGGGCAUGCAAAUCCCUGGAUUCGAUUUUUAG